CUAUUAUGCUAAUUUUAAGUUUCUAGAAAGACACACCGCCACCGAGAAACGCUGUCCUUUUGAAGUUGAAUUAGGUGAUAUUUGCUUUUGUUUCAGGAAUCAAGAAGGAGAAUAAGAAUAAAGAAGUACAAACAGCGAGCGGACAACGAAAGCGAGAGCCGAUGGAGAACGGUGAAAUACCUGAAGACGCUAAUGAAAAUUGCCCAGGUCCUCAAUCUGAAACAGCUGGAAAAUCAGAUGCCUGUCAAGGAUGCCCUAAUCAAGAAGCUUGUGCUUCUGCCCCUAAAGGCCCUGAUCCUGACUUGGUGGCAAUUGCAGAACGGAUGGCUACAGUAAAGCAUAAGAUAUUAGUUUUAUCAGGGAAAGGGGGGGUUGGCAAGAGCACAUUCUCCGCCCAACUCUCAUUCGCACUAGCAGCAAUGGAUUUCCAGGUUGGUCUCAUGGACAUUGAUAUUUGUGGACCAAGCAUUCCUAAGAUGCUUGGCUUGGAAGGUCAAGACAUUCACCAGAGUAGCCUUGGCUGGUCUCCUGUAUAUGUUGAGUCAAAUCUUGGGGUCAUGUCAAUUGGAUUUAUGCUCCCCAACCCUGAUGAUGCUGUUAUAUGGAGGGGGCCUCGCAAGAAUGGGCUCAUUAAGCAGUUUCUCAAGGACGUGUACUGGGGAGAGCUUGAUUUCCUAGUAGUUGAUGCCCCACCCGGGACGUCAGAUGAGCAUAUCUCAAUUGUUCAAUUCCUUCAGGCUACUGGAAUAGAUGGUGCAAUUAUUGUUACUACUCCCCAACAAGUAUCUCUAAUUGAUGUGCGUAAAGAAGUGAGUUUCUGUAAAAAAGUUGGAUUGGAGGUCCUUGGGGUUGUUGAGAACAUGAGUGGCUUGUGCCAACCACUGACAGAUUUCAGGUUUAUGAAGUUGAGUGAGACUGGAGAACAAGAAGAUGUCACAGAAAAGGUUUUGGAAUAUAUGAGAGAGAAAGCUCCAGAGAUGCUAGGCCUGAUCGCUUCUAGUGAAAUAUUUGAUAGCAGUGGAGGGGGUGCAACACAAAUGUGCAGAGACAUGGGUGUACCUUUCCUUGGAAAGGUACCACUAGAUCCACAGCUUUGCAAGGCAGCUGAAGAAGGGAGGUCCUGCUUUGCUGAUCAAAAGUGUGGAGUAAGUGCUCCUGCACUAAAAAGUGUAAUAGAAAAAUUACUUGUGGCAAAUAAGUGGCGUUAGAAUUUGCAGUUUGCAGCAGAUAAAAGAUUUCACAUAGAUGAUCAUCUGCAAUUUUUUUCAAGGCUCUCUGUUUUGUAUUUUUAAUUUGCUUAUUCUUUGUUUUUGAAUUAUUUAGUGUAUCUAUGGUCUCUUUUAUUCCUGAGAUAUGGAAUUAUUUGGGAGACAUGAGCUAAAACAACCAUAUUAAGUAACGUCAGUUUAGCAAUGUUCAACGGCUCUGCUUCUUUUA